CUAUUAUACUUUCAAUCAAAGGAAAGGAAAAAUCAAAGCCAAGAGAGAAACCUCUUUGAAUCUUCUAAUAUUAACGACACUUCUGUCACAGUCACAUGCUGCCCUCAAGUUCAGGCUUUAUCUUUGAAGAGCGAGCUUGCCCUGACCACUGACCAACCACCAAUGUCUUGGCCGGGACCCAAACAACCAUCAUAAACCCAGAAAGCCUUGCCAAGUGGUAGCCAUGAACUGCACAACUUGAGCAGCUCCAACCCCCAGAGUCAUUGAUAGCUCCGGUGAGUCUGAAAGGUCCGUUGCAGUGCCAGAGCCCUGGCGGUUGGGGCACUGUGCGUUUCUCAUUAAUGUUUUUUAGUCUUCAAAGCCUGUGUGCCAUUACGGUCUAGAGAGAGAGAGACAGAUAGAGUAUUAAAUUUACGUGGGAUAGUUAAGAAAUCUGUUGGGUGGUUUGGACAGAGGAACAGCAUAGAAUGCAAAAUCAAAGCUCGUGAUAAGAGGCAAGAGAAUUUCGCAGAGCGCAAUGAAUAAACGUUUAUCUAUUAUUGUUCACAAGAGAGUCCAAGAUGAAACUACAUGCAACAUGACGAGCAUUAACUUCACAUUAUCGCAAACAGUCAUGGGACAAGCUCAGCGAGGUCUGCUUAAGGUAGCGAUAUUCAUGUUCGUGUUGAUUCAGUGUGGCGUAGCUCAGCAACAAGAGCGGCUGAGCUCGAGCAUCGAACGGUCAGCGUUACUCGAUCUCCGGUCGUCGCUGGGGCUCAGAGGCAAGGACUGGCCGAUAAAGUCCGACCCGUGCACGAACUGGACCGGGGUCCAGUGCCAGAACGGGCAGGUCAUUGAGAUCAAUUUGUCCGGGCUGAGACGAACCCGGGUUGGGCGGCAAAACCCACAGUUCUCUGUGGAUUCGCUGGCCAAUUUGAUCCACUUGAAAUCUUUCAACGCUUCUGGGUUUUCGCUUCCCGGGACUAUUCCCGACUUGUUCGGCGCAAGCCUUAAUGCACUCCAAGUGCUCGAUCUCCGGUCUUGCUCGGUGAUCGGUCCGAUUCCUUCGUCGCUCGGUAAUUUGCGUGCACUUAAUAGUUUGUAUCUGUCUAGUAAUAGACUUACUGGUAUUAUAUCUCCUGCAUUGGGACGGUUAUCGGAACUGUCAGUUCUUGAUCUUUCGCGGAACACACUUACUGGGUCAAUUUCUUCUGAUUUUGAGUCUCUUGGUAAUCUUACCAGGCUUGACCUUUCUUCUAAUUUUUUAUCUGGGCCGAUUCCAGCUGGUCUGGGUAACCUUUCUAGACUUCAAUACUUGAAUCUUUCUGAUAAUAGUUUCACUUCUUCAAUACCUGGUCAAUUGGGUGGCCUUUCUCGAUUGUUAGACCUCGAUCUCAGCAAGAAUUCUCUAUCAGGGUCAUUGCCUGUGGAGUUGAGAGGGUUGAGGAGUUUGCGGGGGAUGGAUGUCGGACAGAAUGUUCUGGAGGGUCCAUUUCCAGAUGGUUUGUUUAUGAAUCUUAGUUCAAAUGGUAAUGCCACUGUUGUUGUUGUGUUCAAUCUCUCAAACAAUCGGUUAUAUGGAGCUCUGAAUUUGUCGUCUCUUGGGAAGUUUAGUUCACUUGAUUUCUCCGGUAACUAUUUCCAAGGCAAGAUACUUGAUGCCAAUCAAAGCAAUGUUACUGUUGAAAGAAAUUGUCUACAGAUGGUGCCGGAGCAGAGGAGUUUGGAGGAUUGUGGAAAGUUUUAUGCCGAUAAGGGCUUGACUUUUGAUAAUUUUGGAGCCCCAGAACCCACUCCAUCAUUGCAUUCAAAGACCAACAGAAGAUUGAUAUACAUAAUGGUCGGUCUAUUUGGUGGGAUUGGUUUCAUUGUGCUUUUAGUAUUUGUCAUUGUACUGCUCCUGAGAAUUUGUGACAAGGGCAUUGCAGAUCAAAGAGGGACUGCAAAUGUGGGGCCUGUGCCAGAAGGAGGCAGUCCUUCGUUACCCAAGGAUCCUGUUUGUAUGACAGGUCUGGGAGAAAUAUAUGCCUAUGAACAGAUGCUCCACUUCACUGGUGAUUUUAGUGAAGCAAAUCUUAUAAAACAUGGCCACUCUGGAGACAUUUUCCGGGGAUUUUUGGAGGGUGGGGUCCCUGUAGUAAUAAAAAAGAUAGAUUUGCUUUCCUUCAAGAAAGAAUCAUACAUGAUGGAGUUGGAAUUUUUUAGCAAAGUUUCACAUACCAGGUUGGUUCCACUAUUGGGGCACUGCUUGGAGCAUGAGAGCGAGAAGUUUUUGGUUUACAAAGAUUUACCAAAUGGAGACUUGGCUAAUUCUUUGCACAGAGUUUCCAAGUCCCAGGAAGGCAGUUUUCGGUCUCUGGAUUGGAUUACAAGGCUGAAAAUUGCGACCGGAGCUGCCGAAGCCCUAGCUUACCUACAUCAUGACUGCACCCCUCCCCUUGUCCACAGAGAUGUUCAAGCGAGCAGUAUACUUCUUGAUGAUAAGUUUGAAGUGCGACUUGGAAGCUUGAGCGAGGUUCAUGCCCAAGAUGGGGAUUCUCACCAAAAUGCGUUCACAAGGUUCUUGCGUAAGCCACAAAUCUCUGAACAUGGCCCUUCUGCCUUAUCAUCAGCAACUUGCGCUUACGAUGUAUACUGUUUUGGUAAGGUCUUGCUUGAGCUUGUAACGGGCAAGCUUGGCGUCAGCAAAUCAGAUGAUGAUACUACAAGAGACUGGUUGGAACAAACGCUGCCUCACAUCAGCAUAUACGACAAGGAACUGGUAACUAAAAUUGUUGACCCAUCUCUAAUAGUAGAUGAGGAUCUAUUGGAAGAGGUAUGGGCCAUGGCAAUCGUGGCCAGGUCCUGCCUUAACCCGAAGCCCCCCAGACGUCCCCCGAUGAAAUAUAUCCUCAAAGCUUUGGAAAACCCUUUAAAGGUAGUUAGGGAGGAGAGUUCCAGCUCUGGAAAGUUGCGAACAACGUCAUCUAGGAGAUCUUGGAGUGCUGCAUAUUUUGGUAGCUGGCGGCAAAGCUCAUCAGAAGGUGCCACCAUUCCAGGCCAUACUGGUGUCAGUGGCUUAAAACAGUCGGGGAGAGUAAACUCUCAUGGAAGUGGUGGACAAGAAUUCUCAUCUUCAAAUAAAAGGUCAUCCGGUGAAAUUUUCCCUGAACCAGUUGAAAUGCAAGACCUGGAGAGGCAAGAUGAGCAUUAAUUGUGAGGGUAUUUGUUGCUCCUUAUUGAUGAUAUUGCGAGCUGCCCAAUUGCCUGCAUAAUCACAGUAUUUCUGGAAAGCAACCUUUUCCAAUAGCCUCUCAUGAGGGUCCAAAGCCAUUUGAUGAAGAUAAUGUGGUACGUUGACCCAUCUGAAGAAGAUUAUCUGGUGGGGAAAGUAUUGUUGAGGCCAAUGAAAUGGCUAAAGAAGUGUGACUUGUAAAUUGAGCCAGAUUCUCAUAGGUUUUGAAAGCUUGUAUUUUGUCACAAGCUGUAAUUUUUUCUCUGUAAUGGAUGCUUUCUCAUAGAUUCCAUAGGGGAAUGUAAGUUUGUAAUAGGUUAGAAUCUCUUCUUGCAGGAUUGUUGAAUUUUACUCACCCUUGAAAAGAAAUUACUUGCCCAAAAAAAGGCAUUGUUGUA